AUAUAGACCUGCGCCAGUGCUGUGCUUGAGGCUGCUUUCUUCCUCCCCCUGGUCACGUAUCAGUAUAUCCUCUUGAAUCCAUUUUCCGAAGCAUAAGAUCUUUGCUCUUUCGAUUGUCUUCCCAAGCAGGCAGCAUCAUAGCCUCAUAGAAUCAGAUCCAUAUCAAGGACUCCAUCAUUGGAUUAGGCCACCGGAUCCAUCGAGCAUACUGUAUCCCCAACUCGGCACAAAACCAUGUCGCCGUCACUCGCCACACAAGACAAGACCGGCAACGUGACCGAGACUGCAUCUAUCCGCAGCACGUCAACAAUGUCAAGUCUCAAGGCUCUUCUGCCUGGCAAGAGGUCCGAUAAAGAGGAAAAGAAAGAAAAGCCACGACCCGAGGCGCCGACGCCUGAAGAGCGGGCGCGCAGUAUGGAGGCUCGUGCCACAUAUAUGUCGAUGAUGAAAUGAAUGGUCAUCCAGUGACGCACACGAGACGUCGAGGACUCUCAGAAGUCAAUCACUAGGAUCUCAGCUGGAGUUGAGAGUCUCCAUAGAGGUAUAUCGUGAUCUGAGGAACGAGGGGCCCUGCGAUUGUUGUGAACUCGAUGAUGAAAAAGGAGCAGCACAUGAAGGAAUAAACGAGAAAGGUAUCGACGGCACCUAGUAUGUUAGCGGAAGGAUGAAGGAUCCUUCCCGAAGGACGACGAGGCUUCAUGAGGUUUGAAUAUAUCUGUAAUGAGCAGCACGGUUUUUGACUCGAAAUGUGUGAGAUCUUCUGGCGAGGAGGAGGAUGGUAAUUACCAGCUUUCGUUAUGUUCAACAUAAUAAAUACCUCGGGUUUUAUCUCGUCUUUGUGACUGGAAGUCGUGGGUUGGCCAUCACCGCUCGGCGGGCUGGUAUAUCUCCCCAGCAAAUAUAUAGCCCAUGCUUCACCUGCCUGCUUUGCAAAAGAGGA